UAUAUGUAUAUGGUGAGGCGGGCAGGACCUGAGUUACUUCGUGUCCGGGACUUAUUGCUGUAGCGCCUGCGCUGGGGAAGCUGAGGACUUGGGAUGCGAGGGGACUGGUCAGCGCUGCUUUUCUGCUAACACCUAUUCCUGUAACACGCCCCAUCGCUCCUCUAUUCGUCUCCAGUCAUUACAGUUCCUUAUACUGUAUAUCAGCCCGCUGAGGAUAUAUAGGAACACUUAUUCCCCGUCACUUUACUCUAUCACGAUGCUGAAUGUCCCCUCCCCUUCAUUCCCUGUCCCCAGCUCCCAGCAAAGGGUGUCUGCAGGUGGGAGAAGCAAGACCCCAUUAAAGCCUGGGAGGAGUCUGAUGGAUUGGAUUAAAGUGAAAAGUAGUGGAAAAGACUUAACAGGUCUAAAAGGAAGGUUAAUAGAAGUAACAGAAGAGGAACUUGCAAAGCACAAUAAAAAGACUGACUGCUGGAUAUGUAUCAGAGGACUGGUGUAUAAUGUUACCCCUUACAUGGAAUACCAUCCUGGUGGUGAAGAAGAGCUGAUGAAAGCAGCAGGAGCAGAUGGGACCCAUCUUUUUGACCAGGUUCAUCGUUGGGUUAACUAUGAGUCAAUGCUGAAAGAAUGUUUAAUCGGAAGGAUGGCCGUAAAACUCUCUUCAUCUUUGAAAGGUGGGAAAUCUACUGAAAACACAGAGAAGAUACUUUUAAAUGGUGCACUUUCUAACAGCAAAUUUCCACAGGAAGCAGAUAAACCAUAUCACCCCAGAUAUGACUGGUUCCAAACAGAUUCCACAGUUACUGUGGUUAUCUACACCAAGCAAAAGAACAUGAAUUCAGACCUGGUCACUGUCGACUGUCAAGAGAACAUCCUGAGAGGAGAAAUAACUGCAGGAGAUUAUUCUUAUCUCCUGCUUAUUGAGUUAAGCCAUGCAGUACAGAACUUUGAAGUUCAUGCUUCAGCGAAGACUGGGAACAUAGAUAUGAUUCUGCAGAAAAGAGAUCACACUGUCUGGAAGAGCUUGGGACAGUCACUGGAGGGCCAUGACACAUUUAUUCAAAGUAACCAAAGAGAAAUAUAUUAUAGGAAAUGCAAACUAUCUUCACAUACGGACAUCAAUCACAACACCAGAGUAUUCUGCUUUGAGCUACCUCAAGGGUGUCAUCUUCAGGUUCCAGUGGGACAUCAUGUUUAUCUCAAGUUAGUCAUUUCAGGUGUAGAAGUAGUGAAGCCUUAUACUCCAGUAUCACCGACCUUAGUUCCUGAUCCCCUGCAGCCAUCACAACAUAAUGAAAAAUCCAUCUAUAUGAUGAUCAAAAUCUACCCGAAUGGAAGUUUUACUCCGCAGAUUGAUAAAUUGGCAAUAGGUGACUAUAUCUUUAUAAGCAGCCCGCGAGGAUGCUUUAGGACUGCCCAGGUGGAAGAAGUGGAAGAUAUUUUUCUUGUGGCAGCUGGCACCGGUUUUACGCCAAUGGUUAAACUGCUGAGGCAUGUUUUAAGCUGUGCUUCUAACCUCAGAAAAGCAAAAUUGAUUUUCUUCAACAAAACAGAAGAUGAUAUUUUGUGGAGAGAACAAUUGGAAAACUUGUGUUUAACAGACAAAAGGUUUGAAGCACAGUUUAUCCUUUCAGAGCCAAAUGAUUCAUGGAAUGGCUAUAAAGGGCAAAUAUCAGCCCCCCUCCUUUCAGAGGCUAUUACAAGAAGUAAAAAAGAUUCAAAAGUUCUAACUUGCAUCUGUGGUCCAAAUGGUUUUAUUGACCAAGGAAUAAGGUUCCUAGAAGAUCUUGGUUUUUCUGAAGAAGAAAUAUUUGUUUUCAGAGAAUAAGUAUUCUGUGGAUACCAGCAGGUGGCCAGCUCUUCAUCUGCAGUUGGUCUAGUCUAUGCAUCAAUGGUGCUACUGACUAUGCACACCCGGCACAUAUCUACCUGUCCCCAUUGGGUUCUGCACACAGUGACAUCAGAGCAAUGUUGUAUUAAACAAGCAAUCUGUUCUGUCUCGUUAACUAAAUCUAUAGUUGCUUAGUUGUAUACAGCAUUUGCUCUGCCCUUUAAGUAAUUCCUUUCCUAACAUGCGCUGCAGCAUACUUUCAAAUAUCUCUCACUGUCUUCAUUUGCUACAAUGUAUCUGACUAGACUUGCUGCUUAAUCCAGUGGUUCCGAAACUGGGUGCCUCGGGGUACUUUCAGGGGUUUCUUGGGUUGGUUGUCCACAUCAGUGUAAGAGGCAAAAUCAGUGCAUGUGGCUUUCAGUCAGAAACUGGAUAGACAAACAGAAGUAAAUUCUGUCCCUCACCACAUAACUGAACCUAAGGAUGAUAUAUGAACACAAUUUACUUAAUUUUAAAUGUUUUUCUGAAUUAUUCAAUAUAAAUCUUUUGGCCUAGGAGUGCUAUUAAAUAAAUUCUGAUACUCCAGGGUGUUAGGAUUCAAAACAGUUUUGGAACCACUGGCUUAAUGAAAUAGUAUACAAACAAAGAAGCGAGCAAGUGUUCUACAUGAGGCACUAAUGAGUCUACUACUUAAAAAGGGGCAGAGUUUGGAGUAAAACCCAGUUUCUCUGCAGGGGGGGGGGCAGAUUUCACAUGCAGAGAGGUGUAUAUUUAACUAAAAGUGUGGGUUUACAGAAGUGGAGAUGUUGCCAUAGCAACCGAUCAGAUUGCCAUUGCCAACAUUUAAACGCAGCAGCAACGGCAUUUCAAACUCGUCACCUUCAGUUGAAUUCCCACCAAUGUAUAUAUUGCCUAAAUGUGCCAGCUGUAAACUAUAAAAUGACAAGUGAAUUGUUAGUAUUGUCACUAGAAUGCUAAAAGAACAACGUGCCAAUUGGGGUUUUAAUAAUAAUAUGGCGUUAAGGCCACAAUGUACUCUUUGGAUUUCAGAAAACACAAAUAUUUAUGAUUAUUUUCAAUGAUUAACAUAUUCUGAGAAAAAUUCUAUUGGAUCAUAUAAACAUUUUGUUCAGUCCUAAUUAGGGAGGCCAAUCCUGGGAUCGGCGGGAUCCCGGGAUUUUGGGCCAAAAACGUCCGGGAUUCAAUCCUGGGAUUGGAAGCUUCAAUCCCAGGGAUUGAGGGAUCUGCGUUGAGCGUCCACAGGACACUCAGACGCUGCCCUGCUUCCUUGUUCUGGCUCCCCCAGCGCAGAGCCGUCAGGUCACGCUGCGCCGUCAGUCACCGCUGGGGGAGAAAGAAUGUGGAGUUCCCCGCCCGCCCGCGGUAUAUGGUUAGUUAUAUGUGCGGGGCGACAAGGUGGGCGCAUAAUUAAAAGCCAAUCCCGGGAAUCCUGGGGUUGGGCAUUUUUCAAUUCCGAUACCCGGGAUUGAAAAAAUGGCCUAGGAUUGGCUUCCCCAGUCCUAAUUUAUUUGUGUCUCUUAGGAAUGGUUCAGGUUGAGCUAUUAAUUUAACAUGAGUUUCCUACUAUUCAAUAUAGUGUUGUCCUAUACCCUUGAACAAAUUAUUUAUUUUGUAUCAAGAUAUACAUUGAACUGAAUAGAAUAGUUGCUAAUUCUAUGAGCAUUAUUUAAAAGUAAGGCAAACUGAAUUAUUUGUGCAGUACCAUGGUAGAGGAAAACAUUAUAUUGCAUUAUAGGAUUAGGUUAAAUAAUUACAUUUGAAACCUCCCUAAAAGACAUUAAUAAAUUAGGAUUGAACAAAAGAUUUAUCCACCUUGUAUACUUUUUCAUGAGGAAUUAUUACUUUGUUAAAAAUGCAAUGUUCACUUUCCUAUUUUAGCAUUUUAAUUACAAUAACCAAUUUUUUUAUUUUGCUGGUUUGACAAUAUUCUUUUUAAUUACUUUUCAAUACAGUGAGAAAUGUUUUAUGUGCUAGACUCCUGGUGCAACAUUUAGAACACUUCUUAUACUGUAUGUCAAAGGCAUAUAGUACCAUUUAAAGGAAGCAAUGAUGGCUAUAAAUUUGAGACUAGGGUCGCUACUCAGCCCCGAUAAUUUUUCUCCUGAUAUAAAAUGGGCUGAUGGUCAUUAUCAGCCUAUUCAAUUAAUGCCUGUUUUUUUCAGGAGAAAAACGUCCAGUUUUCAUGCGAUAACACAUGGGAUCCAGGUUAAGUAUGUGUGUUCACAGUGUAACCCAUGUGUUAUCGCUGGCUCCGAGGGCUGUUUAUCGGGGAUUAUGCCUCGCAUGUCUGAAGCACCUGAAACAUAAUCCCUGAUAAGGGAAUUGAAUAGCCACUGGCAAAUCAGUUAGCCAGGGUAAAUUACCACACAUAAUUGAAUACCCCCCUAUGAGUAGGUAGUGAGUCUAAAAACUCCAGUGAGGAUAAUAAAAUAGUAUAUAUGUUUACAUUGCUGUUAUUAUUGUUUAUUUAUAUUGAUCCACAAAACUGCUUGGACAUACAUUGGGUAAAUAGAGCCUACUAUGGAAAGCAAGGAUCCCACAAGCAAUAUGCAGAACACAUGUUGUUUUCCUCUGCUUAACCUAUGUUUCAAGGAAGGUAUUAAGUGGGUUUUAUCAGUCUUAAGAGGCUUUAUACUAAAUAUUUCACUAUUAAGGUGCAGUUCAUUCCCUGAUCCUGCAAAUGGUGAUCAACGGGUUUGUUUUUUUUGGAUGUGGUUGACCAGGAUUAGAUGUAUACUGUAUUUGUUGGGCAAUAAUAUUUUUAUUUGCUUUGAAUGUACUGUAAGUUGAAAACUAUUCACAAAUGUAUUGAUUUUUUUAUACCGAUGACUGAAACUCAGGAACUAGUAUAAUAAUCACUUUAAUAUCAGAUUGUGACUGUUUAAUGUGGCUCAAAACAAUAAAUGUAAUUAAAGAUUAAAGAAAUGUUUAA